AUGCGCAAGUGCGGCGCGCCCAAACCCGCGCCCGGCCCCUCGCUGAUGCAGCCGCUACCGCAGUACUCGGUGAGCCCCCCUCGUGAUCCCGCCGCCUUCCCGCUGGUGUCGUUCCCCCGCGCGUGCUCUGCUGCACCCGCGCCGCCCUGUCUUUGCGUGCCCCUCAGCCCCCUCGCCCGUCCGUCUCAACCUCUUCCGUCCCUCUCUGUGCCCCCGCCCUUCUUCCCCCUUCCUCCCCCUCUCCCCCGGCAGCAUGCACCGUCGGGGGCGGCGCCCGCCAUGCAGGGCGAUGCGGGCGCGCCCAUGCACGCCAUGCACGCGAUGCCGCCCAUGCAGCCGUUCGCCGCGCCCUACAUGCCCGCCAUGCCCCCCGCGCACUACGCCCCGUACCCGCCCAUGCCCUCCCCCUCACCCAUGUACGGGGGACCCGCCAUGCCUCCGCCCUACGACCCCUCCGCGCAUUUCGCUCCGCCCUACAUGCCGCAGGCCAUGCCCCACAUGCCCAUGCCGCCAGGUGAGCCCCCCCCUCCGCCCUGCCCUGCCCUGCCCUGCCCUCUCUCGUUACCCUCGCUUUGUCUCGUCCUUCCCCCCUGGCGCCUCUCUACCCCCUGUCUCACACCCCCUCCCCUCUCCCUGCCCCUCCCCCGUCCUCCCCCCCCUCUCCCCGCCCUGUCCGCGGAGCCCCCAGCGCACGCGUUCGCGCCCUACGCCCCCAUGGACGCCUACCGCCCCAUGCCCCCUCAAGCAACCCCACCUCUCAUGCUUGCAUGGCUUUCAAUUCAACCCCCUUCGGCAUUGCGCUGUCUAAUUUUUGCUUCCUGCACUACCUCAUCUCCUCUCCCCUCCCCUCCCCUCCCCUCCCCUCCCCUCCCCUCCCCUCCCCUCCCCUCCCCUCCCCUCCCCUCCCCUCCCCUCCCCUCCCCUUCCCUGCCCAUCAACCCCUCCUCGCCCUCCUUCAACCUGUGGGCGCCCUGCGUGUGCCCGGGUGCCAUGCCACAGGUGCACCCCGUUGCUCCCGCGCCUCUGCCUGCUCACCCACCUCGUGAGUCCCUGCUGCGCCCCUCCCCGUGCCCCCCAUCCCCCCCCUCUCACCGUGCACCCACCACGGCUUCCUCUCACCACCGCCACCACCAUGCACCUCUCUCUCUCGUCCCACCACUCGCCGCCAUCCACUCACCCCCUCUCGCCCUCUCCAUUUACGCAUACCGCUGGCUUUCUCUCUUCAGCCAUGCGCCCAUCCUCCAAACCUCCUGCAUCUGCCCUUCCACCCCCUCCCCCCUCAACCCCUGUCCCAUCUGCCCUGCAUGGGAGAGGGCAGGCGUGCAGGCAGCAGCACCGGAUGGCAGCUGGGCGUGCAGUGAGUGCGGCAACGUGAACUACCCCUUCCGCUCGCACUGCAACCGCCGCCACUGCGGCCGCCCACGGCCCACCCACGACACUGCUGCGGCUGCCGGCAGCGGAGGGGGAGACGCCCCUGCCGCCCCCGCUGCAGCAGUGAAAGCGGAGGUAUGGCACCUGGGGCUGGGAGCUAGAGCCUUUUCACGAGGUGAUGUGACGAGAGUACCUGUCCUUCCGCUCAUGAUCGCUGCUGCCGACUGUAGCUCCCUCCUUGCCGUGAGGAGCGAGGGCGAUUCCAGCCAUGCCUCUGAACUGCCCCUCAUGGUGUCCUGUUUCAUCUCUCUUAUUGUAAUGGUCACGCGCUGCUAUCGUGCGGUCCGGCAGCUCGAGUCUUGCAGUGCUGUCAACCACAGCCAUGGCACCAAGGGGCACUUUGGGAAAUAA